GGACCGAGCUGAUCCCACGUGUGACGGUCUCAUUCUCGGCUGCGAGUCGACUCUCGGAGCGGGGCUGAUCUGGGUUUUUUUUUCCUGGGGGGGGUGGGGGGCUCCGUGCGUGUGUCUAUGCGUGUGUGUCUUUUUUAGUUGCUCGAUAAUGGAGGCAGACGGCAGCCAAGCUACCUCUGGCAAUCCCAACGACUCGCAACAUGACCCAGGUAAAAUGUUCAUCGGCGGCCUCAGCUGGCAAACCUCACCAGACAGCCUUAGGGACUAUUUCAGUAAAUUUGGCGAAAUCAGAGAGUGUAUGGUAAUGCGAGAUCCGACCACGAAGCGAUCCAGAGGCUUCGGUUUCGUUACGUUUGCCGAUUCUGCAAGUGUAGAUAAAGUAUUAGCUCAGCCCCAUCACGAACUAGAUUCAAAGACGAUUGACCCAAAGGUUGCAUUUCCUCGAAGAACACAACCCAAGAUGGUCACUCGAACAAAGAAAAUAUUUGUAGGUGGAUUAUCUGCAAACACAGUAGUCGAUGACGUAAAGCAGUACUUUGAGCAGUUUGGCAAGGUAGAGGAUGCCAUGCUGAUGUUUGAUAAGACAACAAACAGGCAUAGAGGAUUUGGCUUUGUAACUUUUGAGAAUGAAGAAGUUGUUGAAAAAGUCUGUGAAAUCCACUUCCACGAAAUCAAUAAUAAAAUGGUAGAAUGUAAGAAAGCGCAGCCGAAGGAAGUAAUGUUCCCCCCUGGAACCCGAGGCCGUGCACGGGGUUUACCUUACACCAUGGACGCGUUCAUGUUGGGUAUGGGAAUGCUGGGUUACCCAAACUUUGUUGCAACAUACGGUCGUGGAUACCCAGGAUUCACACCAGGCUACAGCUACCAGUUCCCAGGCUUCCCCGCAGCAGCCUACGGUCCAGUGGCAGCAGCAACGGCAGCAACGCGAGGCUCAGGUAGGGGCACCCGCGGAAGAGGCGGCUACAUGGCAUACCCUCAGAAUGUACGGGCAGGGUUCCCCGAUUACGGUUUCUAUUCCACGCCCGGCGAUCAACGGGCUUCGUACUCGUUUGCGGACUACAGCUCGGUCGGACUGCGGGCUACUCAGAUGCUACGCAGUGAGCAUACUCCGUCAGCGAGCAGCCCCUCCCUGCACCAUCUAUCCAACCCGGAUCAGUUUAAGAACCCAGGGUCUGCACCUGGAUUAAACAGCCAGCUGCUAGCGUGGCCCCAACCACUGGUAAAAAUGACAGUCCUGAAUAGCUACAGUGCUCAACCGAAUUAUGGCGCCCCUGCUUCCCCAGUAGGCACCAACCCAGCCCGACAUGGCGGAUUCCCAGGAGCCAACAGUCCUGGCCCAGUGGCUGAGAUCUAUGGUACAGCCAGUCAAGACUCUGGUGUUGGUAACUACAUAAGCGCCACCAGUCCCCAGCCCGGCUCUGGUUUUGGACACAGCAUCGGGGGGCCAUUGAUUGCGACUGCAUUUACAAACGGAUACCAUUGAAAGCAAACAGGUGUUGGUUGGUUGCCAUCUCAGGUUUGAGAGUUUAUCUCUAGGAGCUCAAGGCAAGCCCGGGCGACCUUUCUGACUGGUCCCAGAUUCAGGUGAUGUCAUCAAAGCGACGCAGAAGACUAAAAAUAACGAGCACUACAUCUUCACUGAGCGACAAAACUGGAGGUGGCUUUCAGUGGACAUAAUGUUUUAGAAAUUGCAUCAUCUCAGUGGUCUACUGUAUUAUAAUAAUCUUAGGAUUAAAAAAAAGAGAAAAUGGCAUUUUAAUUGAUUAAUAAUAAUAGUCUUUUUAGUGUUUCUUGAUUUAUUUUGAAAUUUAUUUUGAAUCACAGAUUUUUUUUCUUCCUAUUUGUGUUAUGGGUAGUGAUGUAGUUCUUAGUCUGUAUAUUAUAGUUCUGACACCAUUAAUCCUGCACUGUACUCUCUUCAGACUUUGUGUGUGUGCGUGCACGUACAUUUAACUGGCUGGAAAAGCGCCCUGUUCCUGUUAGUAACAGCCCCUCCACCACCCGCUCACCCCCCUCCCACCUGCCCUGCUUCUACUCACCCACCCAGGGUUGUACUAAUUCACUGGAAUGGUAAAUGAGGGAGAGAGCAGGGGAGGUCAGGGACACUGGCAGAGGUGAAGUUAACACUGAUGAAGGAGGCAGUAGAGUUUGUCUCCUUGUUGGAGGGAGGGUGAGGGGUGGGGAGAGUGAGUGAGUUACUGUCUAGAGCCACUGAGAUAGGGCAGUGGAAAAUCUGUCCUACUUUUUGAUGUUAUUGUCAACAAGGAGCAGAAAAAUAGGCUGACUAACAAUCAGAAAUAAAUCUAUUUUUUUUGUUCUGUGACAGUAUCUUAAUCAGCUCUACUUUUGGCAAUAAGGUCGGGACUGUGAAAAUUCUUUUCCUGAUCGUUUUUCUAUAAGUGCUGUUUUCUCACAUUUUUUGAGGCUUUUAUUGGGUCGCUGUUUAAAAAAGAGGUGUUUGGAGUUUAAGGUGUUUUAUUUUACUGUUGUUGUGAAUUCUCAAAUACUGUAAAUAACAAUUCCAAGUAGCUGGAUUUAUUCUAUUCAAAGAGAGAGAUUGAGCGAGCGAGAGAGAGAGCGCGCGCGCGAGAGUGGGGGGUGGGUACAGAUAUUUGGGGUUUGUUUUUUGAAAUUGGUGCUGCUCCAGGGUAGUGAUGCACUUGACGAUAUAAGGGUUCUCGAACUAGGAGUGAGUUGGGAAUCCCUCCAAGUCUGAUCACCCCAGCUGCCCUUCGAUGAUACCUAGUUUAACACUGUACAGCUUGCUCUGUAGUUAGCUCCGAUAGAACUGUUGACUGUCCUCACAUCAUUACAUUAAUUUCUAGUCGAUUUCAGACCCACACCAACACAAGAGAGAGAUCCUUGCAGCCGUCAGACUGACGUUGCCUCAAUUGUGUAUCUUUUUUAAAAAGAAGCCAAUUGAAUAUUUCACAUCAGAAAUGAGAAAAAAUAUAUUUUUCACUUCAUUGACUGAAAUAGAUGAAAUUAAAUGAUAAUUCAGACAAGAUUUAAUUAAUUAAAUCAUUGAUUUUUUUAAAGAAAAGGGGAAAGCUUGGAAUUUCCCUUUUAGCCUUGGAAUUAACAGUAGCUUUUUAAUUCUUGUCACAUUUCGGGCAUUCUAUUUUCUCUCCUUAAUCUAAUUGUUAGGCAAGAGCCCUGCCAUUAAACGUGUUGCCUGUUUAACCACACUGAUUGGCAGCACAACUCACAUACACCUUUUAUCCACAUAACUCUGUAUUACUGAAAUAGUGCAAAAACAUGAGUUAUUUUACGAAUACCUCAGUGCUGUAUUGGUUUCAGCAUAGAAGCAUUCUAAAGAUUAAUUUAUUAUAGACGUAAAGAUAAUUAAAAUAAAAUUUAAAAAAACAUUGUUGCACUGUGAUUGGUAGGAAGCAACUGACAAUUCCUAUUUGCACAUGUUAAUUACUUGGCAUUUUUUAUAGCCCUCACUCCCCUUCGACAGGGAGCAGGGUAUGAAGGAUAUUCUAAUUUCUUUUUUUGUAACAUUUGUCUUUUUUUAAAAUUAAAUUGGGACAAGUAAGGCUCCAACAGCCAGUGAGGUGGCAUCUUGUUCAGUGGAGUGAUGAAUUGGGAUUGGUAAGGGUUAAGUCAAAGAGUCUUACUACCUUCAUGAACCAAUGCCACGUCCUUAGUUUUAAAGAGAAAUAUCAGUAACUCCUUAACACACAGAAACUGGUACUAAAGACCCUUUGUUAACACACUUAAAUAGUUGAGAAAACUAUUAUAAAACAUAGCUGCUGCACUCCUGGAUGACUUUGGAUUUCAUACUGAUACAGACCUGACUAGGGAUUGAAGCCGGUGUCUAUGGUAGCAGUCAAAUAAUUAAACCUUAAAUUUUGGUGGAUCCUGACAGGGUUAUUUUUGUUUCUUUUUUUUUAAAAAAAGAAAUCCCUGUUUUAUUAUUUUGCCUUCAGAACAACUAGUUUGUAAAAUGUUGAAAAUGCUUGAGACUUUUAUAAAUGAGAAAAGACUUGAUCGAGGAGUGGAAACAAAGAACUAAUAAUAAACAUUUUAAAAGAAAAAGGUUGUUCUUGGAAUUAAAGUGGUUCCCUAAAAUCAGAUUACAGUUGGGGAACAUUUGUAUUGAUAUACAUACAAUAAUAUAAAUAUAUAUAUAUUUUUGGGGGGUUGUUGAUAAUUCUGUACUGUAUUUCCUAGAUUAUUUCAUUAACCCUUCCUACCCUUUCGCAUCAUGGAGAUACAUUUCCCCUCCUACCGACACCAACCCCUCCUCCUCUUCCCCAUUCCCCCUCCCCCAGUUCAUUAGUAGACAUUGAUGUAUUUUUUGCUAGUGUGUACAAUUGCUAUUGUCCUGGAGUGCUGUCUUUGAUGCUUAGCCUAGUGAUUUUUAAGACAAAAUUAAUUCUCUCUCCAAUAAUAAAUCUUGUAUUAGUAGUAGGUGUAUUGUAACUUUGAAAAAAAAAUUUAAAAAAAGCUUUUUUAAAAAAAUGAAAUAAAAGGUAAAUACAAACUAUUAGAUGUAGUUAAGUGAGAUCUAGGACCGGUAAGGAUAGGAUUUCCUGUACUUAAUAAUUAAUAAUUAAAAGAUAAAGGCAAUUACUAACCAUUCUAAUGUUGGGGCAAUUCUGCUGAUCUGACGUGGUUUCAAUGAACCAAAGCUUUCAUAACAUUUUAAUGCUGGCAAUUGGAAGGCAUUAAGUGGAUUCCCCACCCUUGUCUCUUAAAAGGGGUUGCCAUACUACCUUAAAUGCUAAUGCUAGAUAUGCAAGACUGGGUUUUUAUUAUUUUUAAGAGGGACGCAAGCUAUAAUUAUGAAAAUGAUUUUAUUAAGAAAAGAAUCCAUAUUUUUUUAAAAGCUCAGAUGAAAUUGAUAAAAAAAGUGACUGUGUGAUAAGUUUUAAUGUUUAUAUACACAUAAACCACUGUCCCAGUGACCCACAGCACAAAUAUUUUUCAAGAAAUAAAAUAUGUUUUGACGUGUCUGCCUAUAUAGUAAGGUUUCCUUUAGUUCUCACUCGUCUAAAGCAUUGGGUUUGUUAAGGUUUUUUGUGACUGAAUUCUGUCACUUUAAGAGGAGUCCAUAUGGUUUUUUUCAUUUUAUAAUUUGAUCUGUAGCUUGGACUUUAAGGUAGCAUGGCUCUGUUUUUUGCUCAAGUUUUAUUUUUCAUUGUACAGCAAUUUACAGCUGAUGAAUGUCAUACAUCUUGCUUAGGCUAGUUUCAAUUCAUUGGGUAAGUGUUGGUGAUUUUGUUCCUUUGACCUGAAAGGUGUUUGACUAAACUCGCUGAUCGGACUCGAACAUGAGGUGAUGGGCUGGAUGUGGCAGGGAACCCAGGGUGGGUCACCGUGAUGGUUCAAUCUGGACACACCCAGAGUUCGGAGCCCGCCCCCCCCCCCCCCUCAUUCCAUGUGGCAAACUCAAGUGAUGAUUUUCCCCACCUUAAAAUGGCUGCCUUGUGUUUAAAAUGGCGGACAGCAGGGGGACAGCGUGACCAAAGUCACGCGAUGCUAUAGGAAUCAGUUCUGAGUUGAGAGGCUGGACGUGUCACCCCACUCCCAUUCCCCAACACCCCCAUCAACACCCCUCCCAACUGGUCUCAGUAGCUUUGCUAUUAUGGCAACAGAAAAAGGAUUCUUCGAACCAUUGUGGCCAACUUUCCCUGGAAUUGACAGUAAGGCUCUUAGGGACUUUCUGAGAUGGUGCAGAGGUACGGUAAAGAUCUAAACUCUUCCUUUAAUUUCUGCAUUGCAAAUUGACUGUCUCUUUCAAUUGGAUAUUCCAGAGUUCGGAACCGGAAUAGAAAGGGUGGAUUUGUGGGAAGGUGAAAGUGGCCUGGUACUGUGUACUGGUGAGGAGGUGGUUGACGUGAGCAGUGCAAAAUUGACAGUGUUAGGGACAUUACUGGUACGGAAUUUAAGUUGCUUUGGACCCUGAAGACAACUCUCCGCUUGAACGCAGAAGAUCUGAGAGUGGCACUUGUGCAUAACAUCCUCUCUUGUGCAGAUGGCGCAGUGGGGAACUCUGCCUCGAGUCCAGCUCAGCCUUUGAUUGACAUGGAAGACUUGAGCGGAGGCCACAGAAGAUGCAGCGGCUGCCUUUCCUCAUCGUGUUCCAAGCCUCCCUCCCUGAGUCCAGAGGUCACCGUCACCAUCUCUUGCCCUGGUGUGGUUUGGUUCUCUUGCUAUCCGUCAAUCCCCCUUCACAGUUGCCCUCCCUCACCUCCACACUUCUGGUUCCGGGCAGAAACGAUAGAGCAGGAUGGUCUUCCCUGAAAUGUGUGACGCUUUGGAACAAGAUACUGGCUUUUGAUUUGAGCAGAAGACUUCAGUUUGAGCAGAAGGCUAAUUGAUGGCCUUCGUACUCAGGAAGAUCUUUGAUGUCCACCAGGCCUGUGCGGUGGUGACGGGUGAGCUGGUGGAAAGGCUUCCUGCACAGAGGACUCUGUGAUCAUCAGGACUGAUGCCCUCUAUUUGUUCUCAGGCUCCUUCCUCCAUCUUUGGAUAAUCCACUAGCAAAUUGUGUUCCAUCCACAGAAUUUUUUAACAGAUGCUCAAACAUUGAACUGAAAUGGACAAAUCCAAAUUGUUUGCAGAGGGAUGAUUGGAUGUUGGUGUCUUGACGGCAGUCCUGUUAAUUUAGCUUGCCACAAUUUGAUGUUUCUGUUAAACACAGCUCACAAUUUCUUUGUUUGCUCUGUAGAUUGGGUUGCAGAUUACAAGGAGAAAUACUGAAUGUUUGUUAAUUGCUUCUGACUUGUGGUGUGCUUUUGUGGUAGAGACUAAAACUGGUAAUGUGGAAGGAAAGAGGGGCAAAUAGGUAGAUUAUUGGAGACACAAGAGACUGCAGAUGCUGCAAUCUGGAGCGACACACAAUCUGCUGGAGGAACUCAGCGGGUCGAGCAGCAUC